AACCAGCCAGCCAGCCAGCCAGCGGAGUGAUGAUGGCAGGGGAGGAAGAGCCGACACUCACAGAGGAAUGAGAACUUGUCGGGGAUGGCGGACAAACCUCUGACACUGUUCGUGAAGCUGUUUGCCGCCGGAUUUUACGGUCUGAGCUCGUUUGUGAUCGUCGUGGUGAACAAGAGCGUCCUCACCAACUACAGGUUCCCUUCUUCAAUAUGUGUCGGUAUAGGACAAAUGUUGGCCACGGUGAUUGUGCUGUGGGUGGGCAAGGCUGCGAGGGUGAUCAGCUUCCCUGACUUUGAUGAGAGCAUACCUCGCAAGACGUUUCCUCUACCUCUUCUUUAUGUGGGAAAUCAAAUCACUGGUCUCUUUGGAACCAAAAGGCUGAACCUGCCAAUGUUUACUGUCCUCAGGAGAUUCUCCGUCUUAUUCACAAUGCUGGCAGAGGGAUUUCUGCUGAAGAAGAAGUUCUCCAGGGCAGUCCAACUGACAGUAUUUACAAUGAUCCUUGGGGCGUUUAUCGCUGCAAGUGCCGACUUGUCCUUUGACCUCCACGGCUACGCGUUCAUACUCAUGAACGAUGUUCUGACUGCUGCCAACGGAGCCUAUGUGAAACAAAAAUUAGAUGCAAAGGAGUUAGGGAAAUAUGGAUUAUUGUAUUAUAAUGCAUUAUUUAUGAUAUUUCCCACUCUGCUGUUGGCUCACGUGACUGGAGACAUGCAGAAGGCUGUGGAAUAUGAUGGUUGGUCCGAUGCGCUUUUCCUCUCCCAGUUCAUCCUCUCCUGUAUCAUGGGGUUUAUACUGAUGUAUUCCACUGUGCUCUGUACGCAAUACAACUCGGCUUUAACGACCGCGAUCGUGGGAUGCGUCAAGAAUGUCCUGGUGACGUACAUCGGGAUGGUGUUCAGUGGAGACUACAUUUUCUCUUGGACUAACUUCAUAGGGUUGAACAUCAGUAUUGCUGGCAGCCUGGUGUACUCAUACAUCACCCUCACAGAGGAGCAGUCCAACAAAGCGAGUGAAAACACCAAGCUGGACAUCAAGGGCAAGGUGGUUGUAUGACAGAGACACUGGAUUUUAUUAUUUUUUACGCUGACGAACGGGAAAAUUCUAUUUUUAGUACGACUUUUAUUUAUGGAGUAUUUUAGCAGCAAAAGCGUGGGAUUGGUGGAAACGGAGCCACGCCGUCACCAUGCCUCUCCUGCUGCUGCCAUGGUUACGAAAAUCCUCCAGAGGGACUGUAGGUUGAUUUUUAGAUGGUGUUUUCACUUUAAAUAUUUGUAUUUUGAUACUGUACUUGGGGAGUAUUGAGAACAAGGGAACCAAUACUAUUUAUAAUAAAACACGUCUUGAUAUUUACACAGGCAGAACUUUUAAAGGGUAAAUGUUAAGGUGACGUAAUGUUUCUUUAAGACAGGGGUGAACAGCUGGAACUGUCAGCUGUUUCAAGCAUGAGUCUGUACUGUCGAUUCAUGGGAGUAUUUGGUUGUUUUUAAAGGCACAAUCCUUAUUUGUUAUUUCCUUUUCUGUUUUGCUGUUUACAAGGAAUGUAACUUCAGAUGCCUUCUGAGCACAGUGAGAUGCACUGACACUGUCAUUUUCUGUCGUUUCAGUCUUUAUCCUAGUACGUUUUUUUUUUUUUUGCUCAAACACUGUUAUAAGCUCACUACAGAUGGACAUUAACGACAGCGAUCUAACCUCAUCCUUCAGACAACCAAAGCGGAUGGGCCGUGGGCUGUCAGUUCCCAUCAAGGAUUGUGGCUUUAAAUAAUGUUGCUGCCUCCUUUUUGGGAGAAAGUCUAGGAUAACAGUUUACAUUUUUCUCUCUCAGUAUUACGGAAUGUUAGUAAUGGACUCUUCAAGGUUGCAAGUGGUUUUCUCUACACAGAAUUAACAAACUAGUGGUAUGGUUUGUUAUUUGUAUAGAGGAAUCCAUUUGUCUUUUUUUAAUUUUUUGUUUUCUGGACCCAAUAAGUUGUUUUCCACUGCAGAAACUUGUGGGCUGUGUUAGGGGAAGCCGAAUCUUUACAUGGGAGUUGACUGCAGGAAAUAUCCCAGUAGAGCCUCUUUCAGGCACCAUUUCUGGAGUACAAACUCCUGGGCGGUGGUGGUUCAAGUUGGAGAAGACAAGGCUGUUAGGUUCAUCUUGAAAGGGACAACAAGCGCCAUAAUCUCCUGGUUUUUCGACUUCCUCCUCGAGUAGCAGUCCUCUCUCAAACAUUAUCCUCAAAAUAUUCACAACACGGCAAACCCUCUGUUGUAUUUCCUACAUGCUCUUAAAAACAGAGUUUCGUCCAAUAACUAGUAUUUUCCGUUGCUUUGGAGAAGAUCUUGGAUCCUACACCACGAUGGAAACAAAGUCUAAAUGGGCCGAUUGGGGGGACCAUAAAUGUUCCCUCCUGCCCCUCGUUCCUGCAGUGGAAAGCCACUUAACCUUAUCGCACUUUUAACUGAGGUAGCACCUGCAAAAGGGGUGGAAACAAACUGCAUCACCUCCUGUUGUAUUCUUUGUUGAGAAUGAGAUUAAUGUACACUUCUGAAAUGUUAGUUUCAGGUGUUUUUAAGUAUUGCAAAGCCAACUUUUGGUUAUUUAAAUGUUUAAUAAUCAGGUACGAGGGUUUCUGUUUGUUUUUUUAAAAAACAAAACAAAACUUUUAUCUACAUCAUUUUAUAUUUAUUACUUUUUCAGACUAACUCAUUUUGUAGGUGGAGUGGCUUGUGAAUUGUUGAUGCUGAUCUCAUCUCAAACACAGUAACCAUGGAUUUGUAGCUGAAGCACAGUGAUGUAUUUUUACAUUAAAAAAAACCCUCUCUUGACAU